AUGGUUCUCCACAACCCAAACAACUGGCACUGGGUCAACAAGGAUGUCUCGGGCUGGACCAAGGAAUAUUUGUCAAAGGAUCUCGUUGGCAUCAAGGCAGAGAAGGACGGUGCAUCUGCUGAAAUCUCAAAGUUGCUGAGCCAGGAGGGUGAUGUCGAAGUCGCCCAGCGCAAGGGCAAGGUCAUCACCAUCUUCGACCUCAAGUUGCAACUCGAGUAUACUGGCAAGACCAAGGAUGCUGAGGAUGUCAGCGGUACAAUCACCAUUCCUGAGGUUGCACACGACACCGAGGAGGAUGAGUACUUCGAGAUUGAGAUGUACUCCGAGUCUUCAUCCAAGACCCCCGUCAAGGACCUUGUCCGAUCGCAAAUUACUUCGCAGCUUCGCGCCAGAUUCCAGCAAUUGGGCCCCGCUCUGAUGGAGACUCACGCCAAAGACAUCCAGCACGCAGCUGGCCACAAGCCUGGCUUCACCCCUGCAAAGGUCUACUCUAGCUCGUCCGUCAACAAGUCAACCGAUGAGUCCAAGCCCUCGACUGCCACCUCAACCUCCAACGGCAAAGGCCCCGCCGUCAAUGUGACCAGCCUCAGCGACCAGCAGGAAUUCCGCUGCGACGCUCCUAUGCUUUUCCAGAUCCUCACCGACCCUCAACGCAUUGCUGCCUUCACUCGCGCACCUCCAAAGAUCUUCGAGGGCGCCAGACCCGGCGGCAAGUUCGAAAUCUUUGGCGGAAACGUCAGUGGAGAGUACGUCGAGCUUUCAGAACCCACAAAGAUCGUUCAGAAGUGGCGCCUGGCUCAGUGGCCUCAGGGUCACUACAGUACUCUGAACAUUGCCUUUGAACAGAACAACGUUGACGCUGUCACCAUCAUGCGCGUUGACUGGACUGGUGUGCCCGUUGGCGAGGAGGAGGCCACCAAGCGCAACUGGGAAAACUACUAUGUCCGCUCGAUGAAGCAGACAUUCGGCAUCGGCUCGAUUCUCUAA